UUCUGCUCGGAGAGGGAGUUCAUACGCGGGGAGGGGUGGAGGCGCACGGCACGACUGCUGCCCGAUUUGAACAAUUAUCCCUGAUGAGCGCAGAUUGGUUUCACUUAACAGGCGCAGGUGCGGAGGAUUUGAGAUGCGGCGCAGCUGAGCGUUUUUCCAGGUUUGUGACUGAACACUGGCGCAUCUUAUGUUGAACAUUAACUCUUUAGCGGAUACGGACUUUAUUUUUUUUUUUUCCCUCCUUCGGGACAGGAUGCGUGCUACAAAAUGACAUCCCGUCCAGUCUGGCAGACUCGAGCCGAAUUCAGGAGCAUCGCUGAAUAAAUUUGGACCCACGCUGAUCAAUUUGACCGCGCUGUCAUUGCCCUGUCCAGCCUAAAAGGCUCUUCUAAAGCUGCAGGGGAAGGGGUGGGGGGGAAACAUUAUUCGCUUCAGUACUCUUAGGUCUGCGCACUUGGACGACUUGAAAUGAGGACCACAUCCCGGCUGUACUCCGUGUGAAGAGACGAGCCGGGCGGCAGCUUUCCCUUCGGCUCUCAAGGACGCGCCAGAAAAAAGUGGCCCCCGGCCGAGCGAGCUGCGGAGCAUGGAGCGGGACGACUCCGAAACCGUGUGCCCGUCCAAAAAGACGAUAAUCGCGAAGAUCUUCAAAGUUCGCAAGAGGAGGGAGAUGCUGUUCGUUCAGGUCUGCUUCAUCUGCAGUGUCCUCUUCGUGGCAUGGAGCAUGUCGGCACUGUUAACUAAGACAGGGCAUGGGAUGAUUGUGGAGGGACAUCCAGACCUUGAACACUGGGGUAGAAGACUAAUGGCUUCCAGAUCUGAAAAUGACACGGAGUCAAAGAACUGUUCAGAGCCAGCAAUACACGAGUUCCCCGAUGACCUUUUCACCAAUGACGAACGAAAGAGUGGAGCCGUCCUGCUGCACAUCGCAGCGACUCUUUACAUGUUUCUGGCACUCGCCAUAACUUGUGAUGAAUACUUCGUGACGUCACUGGAGAAGAUCUGUGAGAAACUAGAUCUCAGUGAAGAUGUUGCUGGAGCUACCUUCAUGGCAGCUGGCAGUUCUGCGCCAGAGCUCUUUGCAUCUGUCAUCGGUGUCUUCAUCACCCAUGGAGACGUGGGGGUGGGGACCAUCGUCGGCUCAGCAGUUUUCAACAUCCUAUGCAUCAUUGGUGUGUGUGGAAUCUUCGCCGGACAGGUGGUGUUGCUGACCUGGUGGGCUGUUUUCAGGGACUCCUUCUACUACAUCCUAUCUGUUGUAGCUUUGAUUGCAUUCAUCUACGAUGAGAAGAUAGUUUGGUGGGAGAGUUUGGUGCUUGUCGUCAUGUAUGCAGGCUACAUCCUGGUCAUGAAAUUUAACUCCAGCAUGCAGCGGUUUUUCAUGGGGAAGUCUAACAAAAAUGUGGCUAAUGGUAACGCUGCAACCAGCAGCGAGAUGGAGGACGUCAAGCCGAGCAAGGUUUACAGUCGCGGCUCAGUGGUGAUGGUGGAUGAGAUGAUGAAUGCCAGCCCAUCAAAGUUCCGCUUUCCUGAGGCGGGACUCCGCGUCAUGGUUACAAGCCACUUCGGGCCCAAAACCCGCCUUCGCAUGGCCAGUCGGCUCAUCAUUACAGAGAAGUUGGUGCAGGCGUCCAAUGGUGUGGAGACGCAAGUGAUUGAUGGGAAGGUUGAAAUCGAGAACGGAAACGUACCAGAGGACAAACCCACGGAGGCAGAAGAAAACGACACAAUUUCACCGUUUCGUAUUCCAAGGGGCGUGGGCAGCAAGAUCAAGUGGCUGAUCUCAUGGCCUCUGCUCCUGCUGCUGUUCUUCACCGUCCCGAACUGUGCCAAGCCUCGCUGGGAGAAAUACUUCAUGGUCUCCUUCAUUCUGUCCACUGUCUGGAUUGCAGUCUUCUCAUACUUGAUGGUCUGGAUGGUCACUAUAAUCGGCUACACCUUGGGCAUCCCGGAUGUUAUCAUGGGCAUCACGUUCCUGGCUGCUGGCACGAGCGUUCCAGACUGCAUAGCCAGUCUCAUUGUGGCACGACAAGGUUUGGGAGAUAUGGCAGUGUCUAAUACAAUUGGCAGUAAUGUCUUUGACAUCUUGGUGGGACUCGGAGUUCCCUGGGCAAUGCAGACUAUGUGUGUGAACUAUGGAUCAGAGGUGAUGAUCAACAGUCGCGGACUGCUGUAUUCAGUGGUACUUUUGCUGGGGUCUGUGGCACUCACGGUGUCGGGCAUCCACAUAAACAAGUGGCAGCUGGAUUUAAAGCUGGGCAUCUAUGUCCUGGUCUUGUAUGCCGUGUUCCUCUGCUUCUCCAUCAUGAUCGAGUACAACGUCUUCACCUUUGUCAACUUGCCCAUGUGCAUGGAGGAUUAGAGCGCAGCAGCAUGCAACGAUUACCAAAACCUCAAAAACCCACUUUGGCAACCUGAGUUUUUUUUUAUUUUUUUUUUCUCAAUAAAUUGGACCUAUCUGGCGACUUUUUGUUUUCCCCCUUUGCUUGCAGUCUUUAUUUUUAAAUGUUUAAUAGAAAUCUAAUUUUCUUAUAAGGCAGUGUGUUGUAGCUGUGAACUCUACAUUUCCAAUUUGCCCAGUCAUCACACAGCACUGGUCCUUUUUGCUCGUUCUUUCAGGCAUUGUCGUCAGUGUCUUAGUUUCUCUGUACGCCUGCUAACUUUCCACCCAUCAAGCAUGCCUUUAGAUGUCGUGGACCUCCAGAAUCAGAAGUGCCCCUUUUUGAUUUCACUGUUCUCACUUUUAGAGUUUUCAGAUCAGAACAAUCUGUUCCACGUCAGGCACUUGCUAAACCCAAACUUUAUUAAAUGUUAAGCCAUUGUUAAAAGAUUUGUGGAAUUAUUACGGUCAGGAUUUCCCCCCCUCUCAAACCAAGAAAAGAGGGAAGAAGGUCUUGCGUUGGCAUCUCCCUUCCUUUAGCUCGGACCACAACCCCUAGGAUGGCUUUAGGCAACACGGAGCUGAUGCUGUUAGUGCUUUACUCCACCCCAACCCUCGCCUGCUUUCCUAAUCUGCUUUCCUAAAGACCUUUUUGUCAGGACACUUUAAUUCAACAUGUAUCGCAGUCCAGAUCUAGUGACUGUGAUGGUGUUAUGCAUCUGCACCAGUGCACAAUGUAAAUUUGUAAACACUUUUUUU